GUUGGAGCCAGAUAUUGGGUGACCCGAGGAUUUUGCAUUUAGGAAUAAACACGGAAGAUGGGGGCAGAACAGAGCAUCCUGAAACAGAAUGGCUACACAUUAGAAAAGGAAACCGGAAAUGCAGUUAUUGCCACAAAGGGAGAUGACACAUUUCUCAUAACAAAGAUCAUUUUAGAUCAGACAUCCGGAAAUGAUGAUUCAGCAUUAACCUCAGAGAUAGAAAUCCUCAAGACAAUAAACCAUCCUCAUAUUGUGAGCAGCAAGAACUCUUUUAAAGAUCAGAACACUUACUAUGUAGUGAUGGACUACUGUUAUGGAGGCAGCCUUGCUGCAAAGAUCAAAGAGAUGAGUGAGCCUCCACAAGAGUGUGAGGUACUGAGUUGGAUUGUUGAGAUCUGUAUGGCUUUGAGAACCAUCCAUGAAAAAAAAUUGCUUCACAAGCAUCUGACACCAGAGCACAUAUUAAUCACCGAAUUUGGAAUAGUGUGCCUGGGCGGAUUUGGAAAAAUCGAUGAAAAUUCAAUCACUAAUUCAAAUAUGUCAGAAACAAUAAAUUAUCUGGCACCGGAAGUCUUCGCAGUGGGGAAAUAUGAUGCUAAAAGUGACAUUUGGUCAGUGGGAUGCAUACUCUAUGAGCUCUGUACUCUACAACCAGCGUUCUCACCCGAGAAUCCGAUCAAGCUCAUACCAAAGAUACUUGGUGGCUACCCAUCUCUCCCAGACAAGUUCUCACCAGAGCUUCGUGAUCUGUUGAAUGAUAUAAUAAAUAAAGAUCCUCAAUCAAGACCAACUGCCAGUGAGAUCCUGGAGCGUCCUAUUAUGAUAAACAGUCUCUCAGAAAAGGUAUGACACUUCUAUAAAUUCAGUAUUGACCUUGCUCCCCUAGAACACCAAGCAGAGUUUACACUAAUAUAUUCCGGAAUUCCAGCUAUAUUGAACAACUACCAGACAUUUGUUUGAAAACCUCUUAAAGCCCACGAGUCACUUGCUAGUUCGAAGCUGCUUAGAGUGCGCAUACAAAUAUAAAUGUUAAAACUUUUGUCAUUAUGCACAUGCUACACAUCAUUAGAUCGGUUAGAUUAAUCCCAAUUACCUCGUUCAGUUCAUUUUAUGGAAGCUAUGAGCACAAAAGUAUAAUUCAUUCAGAUUUUACUGCCACGGUAAACAAAAGAGAGGGAAAAGUGGCGACUGCCAACCUUUGUAGUGGUCAUAAAGUUUGAAUGUUUGUCUAUCCAUUUUUUUUAAUAUUCCUUUAGUCUUUAAGGGUCCCACACAUCAAAAUAAUCAAAACGUUGUGAACAUUUUCAUGUGAAGUCGAUUGCUCACUGUCUGCUUACUUCGUUUAUCAAAGACCACACAAAAUUUCUCUUCUCCCUGCAGUAAUUCCCAUUUUUACUGAGCAAUAUUUUUGUGUGAAAAGAAUUCAAGGCCUGUCCCAUAGAGGCAAAGGUCCCAUCUAUUGUCAGGUUAAGUUCAGUGACUGAAGCCAAUACAAGCCUGGGCUAUUAAUUGAGAUUUAUGGUAAAUAAAGACAUUAGCCUAUGUAAGUCUCUUUGCAUUCCAAGCCCGUCAAGGGAUGAAAUAGAGAGGGAAGAUGGAAAUGGGGGAUUCCCCACAAGGUAAACGUAAACAUACCGCAGUUGAGCGGCAGUAGGGACCUGGCGGUUUUUAACGGUAGAAAUGCGGCAGCGGAUGCUGUAACUUUAUAUGGAUUGGAUAUGCCCAACACUUGCAGUUUGUGUUCAUAU